AUGACAAGGCUCACUGACGAUGCCGACUACGAUGCCGGCGAAAUGUCUGGAAAUGUUCCAAGUUCACGGUUCGACCCUGGAAUUUAUCAUGCAUACUAUGGACACCGGACAGGUUACGUUCCUCUAGGUCUUCCUGCCAAUAUAGUCAAGUUGCGAAAACCAGUUCAAGAAACUUCGAUAUAUAGCCAAACUUGUAAUCGCCUUAUAUAUUUAUAUAUGGACACAUAA